AGGGGUGGUAAGUUUUAAUUUUGUGGGCACAUCGUCUCAGGCCAUUUGUGAAAAGGCCAAGUCACCAUCGGCGAUGAUUUCAAAUAAACGCAAGCAAGAGAUUUGAGUAGUGCGGAAAACUGCAAUUACUAAAAGGAGGAUAGACGGUGUAUUAUUGUACUGACUUGCGAGUCUGAGCUCAUUAAAUAGCGAUUUGAGUGGUGGGGAGCUCUUCUUCGGCUGAACACUAUUGCGGUCUGCAUAAGAUAAGAUACAGAAUGGUGAGGGGAAAGGUACAUCUGAAAAAGAUAGAGAACCCUGUAAAUCGCAGGGUAACAUUCUCCAAACGGAAGGCGGGACUAUUGAAGAAGGCUAGCGAACUUUCUGUUCUCUGCGAAGCUGAAAUUGGUCUCAUCAUUUUCUCAUCCACGGGGAAGCUCUUCGAGUAUGCAAACCCCAAUAUGAGCAGAAUAACUGGGAAGUAUCAAAAGCAUGGUGCUUCUUUGGGACGCAACAAACUAUCAUCAGAACAUUUAGAGGUACUAGGUUUGGAAAUGGAGAACUUGGAGGAAAGGUUGACACAUUUAGAAAAAAUGUACAAGCAUAUGAAUGGUGAAGAUUUGGAUCUGUUAAAUUUUAAGGAGCUGAAAUGUAUUGAGAAGAAAAUGAGUUUGAGUGCUAGGAAGAUACACUCAAGAAAGGAUAAAAUUUCACUAGAAUAUAUCAGAUCUCUGAAAAUGAAGAUAUUUGGAGAGCUUAACAAUAGGCUUUUUGAGAGCAUUCGACCAAGGAAAAGUCACUCAAACUGGAAAACGCUGAGCUGAAUAAAAAAAUUAGUAGAAGUCACAAGGCAUCCCACCUUGAUAUUGACAUCAUGGAAGAAGCCAGUGAUAUAUUGGAAACAUACGCUGCAACUCAACAAGAUCUGUCUCAAACUAACUUUAAUCUCACCCUUAAUCUCACGUAAUUUUCAUGAUGAUAUCUUCUCCUAACUAUUCUUCUUUACCUCAAAAGAAAUUUUUUUAAUCAAGUGACUUGUGUGUGCAGCCUGUCUUGAAUUCGAGGGCAUUCUAUGGUCUCUGUGUUUCUGUAACUCGUUUAAGGCACUGUAAAGUUCGUGAAGUUGAACUCUAUUAACCAGAUCAUACACAUCAAACUUAAUUCUUAGGAAAUCUAAAAAUUCCAUUGAAGCUACCAUGCUCAUUUUUUUUUAAUAGGAUUUAAUUAGAUUGAAAAUGGAUCUAAGAGCAUAUUUCAAAGCGUCUUAUGGUUGCCCUUAUAAUACCCUUACUUGUAAAGAUCAGACUUCAACAUUUAAAGAAGCCAAAGCAUAAGAAUAUUUUUUAA